AUGCCUCAGGACAACUUUGGUAACUCCUACACCUACAAGAGCUCCGGCACCAAUAGCGACGGCAAUCACUACUGCGCCCGGGACUACGGCUCCAAUGUAUCGAACCCAAACUCGUACCACUACUCCAACUCGGAUGGCUCGUACUACUAUUCCAAUUCUGAUGGGAGCACGUAUCACAACAACGGCAAGGGUGAAUCUACUUACACCCCUCCUGCCUCCAAUACUGCCCCCAAGAAAUGA